AUGUCUCUAUCAAUUCUCAGAGGACUUCUGCAAGGAUACACCAAAUCCUUACUUCAAGAGGGGGUAGUGAAUGAUCAAUUUAACGAGAUCAUGAUUGGUGAAGCAAAUCAUGUUGUGCAGUUGAUAGAAACAUACAUUGCAGAUGUUGAAAGGAUCUUGUCUGAAAUUUUACGUCAUGAAGAAAAUGAAAAAAUUGAUUUGCAUAAGUUGACACCUCUUGCUCGUGAAAUAGAGGAUAAAAGCACAAGAAUUGGUGCAGAGCUUGUGAAGGUUGCAUGUUAUAAUGUUAUCAAAGCUUGUGAUGAGAACAACCACCAAAAUUUUUCUCGAAGUUUGAUGUUAUUAAAAAAGGAUUUUGGCAGUAGCAAGAAUAAGUUGGCUUCCUUUGCUCAGAUGGAGCAAAGGAUUAUUAGACUUGAGAAAUCUCAAUCACCAGCCUCUACUUCUCAAUCACCAAAGUAG